UGUGACGUUAGACAAAAAUUGUAAUGUAUGUGUGUGUGUGUGUGUGCGCGUCCGCGCGCGCGCAUAAUUUAAUAAAAAAUUCAUAAUUGAUAUUAUAAAUUCGAUUCUCCAGUAUUUCAAUCUGCUAGGAGCUUUGAAUUUAAGACACAGCACUGUAGUUAUAUUUAGAUCAAUGAGACUAGACACUGUUUUAAGUUUAAAGUUAGCUCAGCAUAGCCCAGUUAGGGCUCCUCGGUGAGCCACAAAUUUACUCGAAUGGAGCUAAUCACGUUUUACUAGGUUUUGAUAUAAAAUCUGGAUAUCAAGAAUGCCGUCAUCGAGUGGAAACAAAGAGACUGACGACAGUCAGACAUGGGAAUUAGCAGAAAGGUGUCUACUACCCAUCGCAUUUUCACAUGCGAUAGCAGUCAUCCUGGCAACUAUAUUGAACACUUUCGGGAUUUCACAAACAUCUAGCUUUGUACUCUUCUUAUUGCUAUUGCUUAUAUCUGUAGGCUCUACAUUAUUCUAUCACAAUCUAAAGGUUACUGCAGCAGGAAAGGCAGUACUAAUCACAGGUUGCGAUUCGCGAGUCGGAUAUGCUUUAGCUAAACAAUUGGACGAUUUGGGCUUUACCGUAUUCGCUGGAUUUAGCAAUAGCAAAGCUGAAAAUGAAGAUAUUAUGCAGAAUCUGAAGGAUCACGCGUCUGGAAGAUUGCAUGUGCUACAACUGGAUGUUACCAGCGAACGUGACAUACACUCGACUUUUCUCUACGUCAACGAAAAUUUGCCUGACGGAGCUCCUGGAUUGUGGGCACUCGUGCAUGCUGCUGCCUGGGUGACUCUCGGGGAAUGCGAGUGGGUGCCCCCAUCUGUUCUUAAGCGAAGCAUAGACAUCAACUUCAUUGGCCUGGCGCGUUUAACUCAGGUAUUUCUUCCUCUGGUCAGGAGGUCAAAGGGCCGAAUUGUUCUCGUCAGCAGUCUCUUGGCACGAAUACCGAGUCCCGUCCGAGGCAUUUAUUGUGCCCUUAAGGCUGCUGUGGAAGCUUGGGGAUCGUGCCUAAGACUAGAGAUGCGGAGAUGGGGUGUCGAUGUCGUGAUUGUUGAGACUGGGGAGUACGUCUCUGGUAAUGCAUGGCUAAAGGACAACACCGCGCUGCUCGAGCAAGCAAGAGACAUGUGGACUCAACUAGAUCCUCAAACACGCAGGGAAUAUGGUCAGAAACUCUUUCAGAUGGAAAUGCUGGCUCUGGAGAAGUAUACCCAGGGACCGGAGGCCGAUUUAACCGCCGUUACGAGAACUCUGAUGGAUGCUGUAAUAAAGACUUUCCCAAUGAGGCGGUACACCCCUGUAUCACGCAACGAAAGAAUGCAGGCAUUGUGCAAUCAUUACCUACCAAGACCGAUCUACGACAUAUUGUAUACAAAUUGAAUAUCUCCUGUACAUAUUAAAAUUAAAAGCUCAGAAUAUAAUUUAGGAGGAUAUGUUCUUCGGAUAGAAACAUAAUACUCUAAAAGUAAGUAUUAGGUAAAACAGAGAGGCAAGAAUCUUUUAGUAGAUCGCGUAAUUUAAAGCACUGCCUAUGCGAAACAGCUGUAAAAAGAUAUUGUACAAAUUUAAUAAAGUUACUUUAUUAAAUAGAAGUUACAAACUUA